UUUGCUCUCAAGCCGAUGAGAUGGGACCGAGCAAGGCAGCGGUCUCUGAGGGCGCGUUUGCAUUCGCUACCCAGCGAUACGGGAAUGAAGCUACAGCUUUACAAACACAGCUCCAGUUUAAUAGAAAUGUUCCUGCAGUUCCAGAGAACCUGGCUCUCAGAUUCUCUCACCCCCGCCCAAUUACAAUAGAAAAACUGAAGGCAUCCAGUGAUCAGAGAAAUCUAGAUGGAAGUGAGGACCCCAACCUGAGAGGCUCUGGGUUGUUCUCAGUAGUAUCUGAAGAGAGACUGAAAUUGGCCAUUCAGCUAGCAAAAAGGGACAUCAAACAAAGACGUCUCAAAGAACAAGUGAAGCAUCAGGUGUUUGGAGAUGUGGUCAGUACACCGUUGUGGACCCAGAAAUCACAACAGCAGAAGACUGAAGUAUUUGCAAGUCGAGAAAAUAAAAAUGCCCUGAAGUCUCAGACUCACUUGACAUGUCAGCAGAGGCUCAACCAGCCUUCCCAAGGGGUGUCUGCCAGCUCUGACGUUUGUCCCUGCUUAGUUAAAGAGGAAGAGCCAAUACCAGCUGUUUUGGACUCUCCACCCACCCAUGACACAGGACCAGACCCCAAGACAAAUUUAAAUAAAAAAGAACAUCAAAAUAUGCAGGAAGUCCAGCGUCUGCAAAAAGAAUUGAGGAGCUAUGUCCAGAAAAUUGAAGAAAUUAUUAAAAAAGGGAAAGAUAGAGAACUAGAUCCUGAAAAGGAGCAGCGGCUUUGCACUAGGAGACAGCAACAAGCUGCAAGGUCAGCUCGGAUGCUGUAUGUGCUCCAGCAACAGGUAAAAGAAAUUCAGGAUGAUUUAGAGAAACUGAGUCCUCAUACAAUCAAACAUACUAAAAAGUCUCGAGCAGUAUCCAGGUUGGCAGCAGCACACAGAGGAGCUGUACGAACCUUGCAGGCAUUUGCUAAUCAGUUUACAGAUCAAAGAGAUGAGCAGAUUCCUGCCCACUACAAGGAACUGGGCAGUCUCAUUCGUCAACUGUCUCUCUGCUCUGCCAAACUAGAAGGGGAUUCUUCCAUUUCUGAAAUUAUCAUAGAUAUUUUGCUGCAAGUUGAGGAUCUGAAUUCACUGCUGGAAAACAAGCAAGCACCAAAAACAGUGAAGAAAUGUAUUUCAGCUUUUCAGACCAAAUCUCCAAGGAACACUGAGACAUUUCCAGCCAGAAGGCACCUUCUGUCUCCAAAAGGAGAAAACAAACCUCUCAGCUUACAGGGACAACAUAGACAAGUGUCUAAAAAACCUCCAUGUGUCAGGGGUCUCUUGAAUGCAGUUCAACAGGCAAACAGUUGUGCUCCUAUAUUGCAUAAUAAAUACCAAGAAGAAAGUGGCCCACCUACUUCAGAGAGAAAUGCCACUUUGCAAGGAAGCACAGAUGUACUGGUGAGAGCUAGAGCUGUAAAAAAAGUGUCUGUCCUUGAAAGUGGUGCUUUGAAGAAGAAAGAUGUGCUAUUGCCUGCAAAACCACAGGGAAUGCUGAAAUCUUUGAAGUCAAGAGGGGCACACCCUCCAGGAAAGCAUGCCCGAUUUCAAGAACCAACCAUAGCUUUCCAGCUGAAAGAGAACAAACGACCUGUGAAGGAGAGCAAAAUGCCUUGUGUGCCCCCAAAGCCUCCACCUCCCUCUGUGUCACCUAAGCCUAAGAGACUAGCAAGGCUUGAAGCAAAAAAUUCAAGAGGAGUGAAGGUUCUAACUGACCUUUGCAGAGGAGAAAUGGAAAAAAUACAAAAGUUCAGGUCACGAACUGUUUCUCCAGCCCAGUGUGCAGAUAAAGCUGGGAAGGAGGUACAGGAGUGGUCAGCACCUCUGUUAGACAGGACACAGCAGGUUGCAACAAAUGCAGAUAUUCUGAGUGAAAAGCUAUUGGAUGAUCUUUUGGAAGAUACUGCUCAGGAACUGUGGAACAUGGAUCAGCAUGAGAGACUCCAGACUGAGGCCCUGCCUGUGGCUGACACUCAUAGCCUGGAGUCAAUGUUGCAAAGAAUGGAAGAAAUUGAGCUGUAUCAGGAGGCUGUUCGCAGGAGAGUCACCCAGAUUGUCUACAGUGACUCCCAGUUCUGGGCCCAGGAAGACAAAAUGGAACUACAAAUGGCAUCAACAGCAAAAAAACUUACAUCUCCUCAUCCAGUUGAGAUAACCAAAUUAAUCAGACACACAGAGCUGGAAAAAGACAUUUUAUUUGAGAAACCUUUUGACAGCACUGCUAUUGAUGAAAAUGAAGCAGAGGAGAAAUUGCAGACUGGAAAUGACAUUGUGCAGCCCUUGCCUCUGAAUUGUCUACAGAAAGCAUAUUCUGUGUCUCUCUCUGUGCCAAGCAAUGUGCUCCAGAGCAUCUUGGAUUAUAACAGCAGAUACAAGCAUCAUUUAAAGCUUAUUUCCCAUGAGGUGGUGGGCAGUUUUGAUCCAUGGCAGAUUGCUGAGAGUGUUUCAGAGGAACUGACAGAAGAAGCCCUGUGUGACGUGGCAGCAGAGCUGCAGGAUGUUUGUGAGGACUAUGCAGAAGCUGUAUUCACGUCGGAGUUUUUGCACCCAGUGCAGUGAAUUCUUUCCCACCUGCCCCAUCAGCGUCAGCCUCAGCCUCACAGUCUGUGAGAUUUUCUGCACUGGAUCUCCAUCAAGGAUUCAUCUUAGGGUUUUCUAUAUAAAAUCAUUAUAAUGUUUUCUUUUUCAGAAAGGACUUCCUUACUUUUCCUUUUAUUGUCUAAUCACCUUAGCACAUGCUGCACUGGGGUGAGUUCUUUUGGACAUGUGGCAAUCCAGUGAAGGAUUCUCAUGGCACAGCACAAAUAGAUGCAAACAUUUGUCACUGGCUGUAGUUGCAGGCUUGCUUGGGGUUUGCUGUUGACUUCAGAUUGGAGUUCCUGAGUACCUCUAGUACAUAAUGCACAGACAAAACAAGACCUUCAGUAGAAGCAUGUGAUAGAGAUUUUACUUUCUUUUUCUUAAACUAGUCUAAAAUGUUACAUUUUUAUUAGCAUUUAGUGAUUCAAUCCUACAUUCCUUUCUCUUAAGAAUCCCAUUGAAGGACCUCAAAAUAAAUGAGCAAUUGGCAUUUCUGCAACAUUGAAUUAACUUGUUUCAAGUAGUCAAGGUACUAGUUUGGGUUAUAUCUGGAACCAGAGCAAUGAGUAAUAAUCAUUUAUGUAGUGUACUAGGGAAAUACAAAUUCAACCCUUGAGGUAACCCAAAGAACAAUAUGAGUCUCUGUUUCCUUUGUCAAAUUUUUCCUUCAAUAUUGUUUGGUCUAUAACACAGUUGUUUUUAACCUUUUAAGAUUAUUUCCUCUAAUUAGAACAUAUAUUUAAAAAUAAUUUUGUUUCUAUUGAUGCCUGGUUUACUAUUUCAAUCAUCCUCAAAUUUACGUCAAUUGUAAGGACGUUACUGCUGAAGUUUGCUGAUACACGAUUUCUGUAAUUUAAAACACCUGAUUUCUAAAAUUUUAAGUAAAACAUUAAAGCAGUAGUGUUGCUACAUGUGUAUAUGUGUGUGAAAGUACCUUGAUGAUUUCUAAUAAACAAUAUUUAUUA